GAUCUUUUUUCUUUUAUGAAAAACGACGUCGUAUUAUAUUUUGUUUGCCAGAAAGAAACUGAAGAACUCUUGACUGUCUCUCUGCGGCGAAAAAGAGAGCGAAGCUUGAAAUCUCCGAUUAAGCCAUGAAUGCUCCCGAACGAUAUGAGCGAUUCGUCGUCCCUGAAGGCACCAAGAAGGUUUCUUAUGAUAGGGAUACGAAGAUCAUCAAUGCUGCUUCCUUCACGGUUGAGAGAGAAGACCAUACGAUUGGAAACAUUGUCCGCAUGCAACUUCAUCGCGACGAGAAUGUCUUGUUUGCUGGAUACCAACUUCCUCAUCCUCUUAAGUACAAAAUCAUAGUGAGGGAUCCAAAAGAUUGGUUUAGGAACUUAAAAGUAGUGUAUGGUUGUUUGGAAACCGUGAAUAUUUCUUGGUUUAAGCUUCUAGUGUUAACAAUUCACACAACAAGCCAGUCUUCCCCAAUGCAAGCAUACAACCAGGCCAUCAAUGACUUGGACAAGGAGCUCGACUACUUGAAGAACCAGUUUGAGGCAGAGGUGGCCAAGUUUUCGAAUCAGUUUUAAGGAACUUGGAGUUCUCCAUCAGCACAUCGGGGAAAACGUUUUACAUUGUCUUUUGCUAAGCACCAAUCAAGACUAAUAAUGAGCUUGGGAAAUUUUCCCUAGUUAUGCUUUGUAUAAAUCAAAAACAAAUCGGCCUGUAACUUCUUUUAACUCUAUGUUUCAACACCAUUUCAGGAUGCUAUGAAGUAAUGCUUAGAUUACCUCUUCUUUUUACCAUUCU